CCUCAAUUCUGCAGAUCCACUCGAGCCGUGGUUGAGGAACGCUGCGCCAAUCUAUCCACUGGUUCGAGACGAGUCCACCCACACCAGCCGUUUCCGGCAAAGCCUAGGUAGUCCUCGAGAAGCUUCUUGCUAGGGGAUGAAGAUGCUUUGUAAUCGCCACCCAGGAUAUAAAGCGGACGUUGAACGGACUUUUGGCAAUCAUAACAACACACAAUAUCAAUAUCAUCAUGUCUAACUCCGCCCUCAUCUUCAAGCAAAUCCCCACCGGCUACUUUGUCCCUGGCCAGGACGUCACCGUCGAGCCGGUCUCGUACGAUGGCAAUGCCCCCGCUCCGGAGAACGGCAUCUUCGUCCAGUCGGUGUAUGCCAGCUUCGACCCCUACCUUCGCGGCCGCAUGCGCCCCGCCCACAUCAAGUCUUAUUCCCCCGCUUUCGCUCUGGACGCCCCUAUUGAGAAUGCCGUCAUUGCCAAGGUCCUCCGCUCCAACGUUGCCGCCUACAAGGAGGGCGACCUGAUCAUCGGCUACCUUCCCAUUCAGCAAUACAUUUCCGUCUCGGCCGAGCAGCUCGUCCGGGUGCGUGCUCUCGCCAACCCCCUCGGCAUUGAGGAUGUGCGUGUGUUCCUCGGAGCCCUCGGCAUGCCCGGUCUGACGGCCUACUCUUCUCUUUACGAGAUCGGCAAGCCCAAGAAGGGCGAGACGAUCUUCGUGUCGGCGGCCAGCGGUGCCGUCGGUCAGCUCGUCGGUCAGCUGGCCAAGCACGAGGGUCUCAAGGUUAUCGGAUCCGUUGGCUCCGACGAGAAGCUCGAAUUUAUCACCAAGGAGCUGGGCUUCGACGGUGGUUUCAACUACAAGACUGAGAAGCCGGGCGAUGCUUUGGCCCGUCUGGCUCCUCAGGGUAUCGACAUCUACUACGAGAACGUGGGUGGUGAGCACCUCGAGGCGGCCUUGAACGCCAUGAACGACUUUGGUCGGAUUGUUGUUUGCGGUAUGAUCUCACAGUACAACGGCAGUGGCUACCCGAUCAAGAACAUCACCUACGUGUUGACCAAGCGUCUGGACAUGCGGGGAUUCAUUGUGGGUGACAAGGGAAUGGGUGACAAGUACACGCAGGAGCACCAGGAACGGGUGCAGAAGUUGAUCAAGGAGGGAUCCUUCAAGUCGUUGAUUCACGAGACGGAGGGAAUUGAGAAUGCUCCUGAGGGAUUGUUGGGAAUAUUCCACGGCAAGAACUUGGGUAAGGCUGUGUUGAAGUUUUAGGUGAUGCAUAGUGCAUACAUAGAUGUAUAGAGAUAAUAAUUAGAUGACUAUAAUAAGGUGCUGAC